CGAGACGAUGGGUGUCAUCUUAGCAUGAGCAUUAAAUAGUUUUGGACAACAUUUAGCUAACAGUAGGAUGUGCAGCACAGACAGUAGCUACACCAACUUCCCAUAUAUUAAGCUCGCAACCAACGUAAUAACGGUGACGAUCCAGUCCGGACCCACAUGGGAGCGUGUGGAUCGUGAUGAGCAGCUGACCCUUCGUUUUAACUGCAUUCUUAGCAUGUUAGCGUUAACCUUGCGUUUGAGGAGACUUCCUGUUAGACUGGCGUUUACGUCGAACGUACCUGUAGCGUCGUACCAUGUCUUCAGUCAGACACACAGAUCAUUUUUUCAGCCCAAGAGCAAAGACAAGGGCGUUCAGAAGAAAACCACAGAUGAGACGGUGAAAAAAUUUGUGAAAAGCCCUCUAAAGGUUCAAAAUGGUGCCCAGGAAGUGGAUUCACCCAUCAAGAAGGUUACCAAGCGCAGCCGGCAAAUCCUGGACAGCGACGACGACGAAGUACCAGUAAUCAAAGAGCAAGUUGCGUCCAAGGUUCCAGAAGAUAAAGAAGCCUCCACUAAAACAGCAAAGGAUGACGUGGUGAGGCCUGUUCCCACCCCCCUGUCUCCACCACCACCUCCUGCCACCCCUGUGACCCCUGCUACUCCAGCCACCCCAGCCUCUUCCACUUCACCGGGGACCCCCUGCACCCCAAACUCCAUCUCCCCGACUGGGAUCGUCAAACGCAAGACUGCGAGGAAGAUGUUCCCUAAGAGGAAGCUUGAUGAGACCAGGAGCUCCAGCGAAAGUCCGAAGGAGGAGCCCGAGGCAAAUGAGGAGCAGGGUCACCUCAGCAAACGCCCGCGUGUGGAGUCCACUGCCAGCAGUGCAGGGGAUUCUGAUGAACCCAUGGAGGAGGGAGCAAAGGAAGAAAGAGCUGAAACGGCAGUGACCGAGAAAAGCCCAGACGAGGAACUUGAAAACAAGAAGAAAGGAGGAGAGCCGGCGAAGGAACAAGAGCGUCUGGACAAAAAUGGCUCUGAUGAGGGAGAAAAGAGAGCUGAGGGGGCGGAAAGGAAAACUGAAGCAAAGGAGAAGACUGAUGAUGAGAAAGGGCCCGUCCGUGCCAAGGCGGAAGAGGUUGAAAAGGACACGCGUGAGGGAGAAGAGAGCCCGAAAAGUCAAACAGCGAAAAAGCAGAAAGAUAAGGAACCGGCCAAGAAAGCCCCCAUCAGCAGUUUCUUUGCUCCCAGAAAAGCUGCAGUGAAGAUGGAGAAACCAGAGAAGAAUGAGAAAAAUGCCAGUGCUGAGAGGAAGAGUUCAGUAGAGGAGAGCAAGGACUCAAAAGGUGAGUCGUGCUCUGGACAGACAGACUAUGACCCGUCCAGGCCGGGCUACCAUCCUGUGGACCACGCGUGCUGGAAGCAGGGCCAGAAAGUGCCGUACUUGGCUGUGGCUCGCACCUUUGAGAAGAUUGAAGAGGACUCUGGCAGGUUGAGGAACAUUGAGACUCUGUCGAACCUGUUUCGCUCCGUGCUGCUGCUCUCUCCAGAUGACCUGCUGUGCUGCGUGUACCUGUGUUUGAACCAGCUGGGUCCUGCCUACCUGGGCAUGGAGCUUGGCGUUGGAGAGACGGUGCUAAUGAAAGCUGUUGCUCAAGCAACUGGGCGACAAUUGGACAAAAUCAAGGCAGAGGCGCAGGAGAAAGGAGAUCUGGGCCUAGUGGCCGAGAGUUCCCGUAGCAACCAACGCAUGAUGUUCCAGCCGGCCAGUCUGACAGCAGGGGGCGUGUUCAGGAAAUUGAAGGAAAUUGCCAGCAUGAGUGGGAACUCGGCCAUGAAUAAGAAAAUCGACAUCAUCAAAGGCCUCUUUGUGGCAUGCCGCUUUUCUGAGGCCCGCUACAUAGUCAGGUCUCUGGCUGGGAAACUCAGGAUCGGCCUGGCAGAGCAGAGUGUCCUAUCAGCCCUGAGCCAGGCUGUGUGCUUGACCCCCCCUGGACAAGGUUUCCCUCCCGCUGUGAUUGACGCGGGGAAGGGGAUGAGCGCUGAGAGCAGACGGGCCUGGAUCGAAGAGAAGAGCCUCAUUCUCAAACAGACUUACUGCGAGAUGCCCAAUUACGAUGUCCUCAUCCCUGUUCUGCUAAAAGAGGGCAUAGACCAGCUUCCCAAUCACUGCAAGCUCACUCCAGGGGUACCGCUGAGACCCAUGUUGGCUCAUCCCACCAAGGGCGUCGGCGAAGUGAUGAAGAGGUUUGACGAGGCAGCGUUUACCUGCGAAUACAAGUACGACGGCGAGCGUGCACAGAUUCACAUUCUGGAGACCGGUGAAGUUCGGAUAUUCAGCCGUAACCAGGAAGACAACACCACCAAAUACCCCGAUAUCAUCUCUCGUAUUCCCAAGGUGAAGAAGGAUUCUGUGGUUUCCUGCGUGCUGGACUCGGAGGCAGUCGCCUGGGAUCGUGAGAAGAAGCAGAUCCAGCCUUUUCAGGUCCUCACCACCCGCAAGAGAAAGGAUGUGGAUGCGUCGGAGAUCAAAGUCCAAGUGUGCGUGUAUGCCUUUGACCUUCUCUAUCUCAACGGCGAGUCCCUGGUGCGACAGCCGCUGUGUCGGCGUCGGGCUCUGCUGAAGGAGAGCUUCUCAGAGGUGGAGGGAGAGUUUGUGUUCGCCCGGUCCAUCGAUUCCGACAACACCGACACCAUCGCAGAGUUCCUGGAGCAGUCUGUUCGAGACUCCUGCGAGGGCCUGAUGGUGAAGACUCUGGAGAAGGAUGCCACCUAUGAAAUUGCCAAGCGCUCCCAUAACUGGCUGAAGCUGAAGAAGGACUACCUGGAGGGGGUGGGGGACACCGUUGAUCUGUGUGUGAUCGGCGCCUACCUGGGGAAAGGCAAGAGGACGGGAACCUACGGCGGCUUCCUGCUGGCCUGCUAUGAUGAGGAGAAUGAAGAGUUCCAGUCCGUCUGCAAGAUCGGGACAGGCUUUAAGGAUGAAGAUCUGGAGCAGCAUUACAAGUUCUUAAAGGAUCACAUUCUGCCCAAGCCGCGCGCCUACUACCGCUUCGACCAAUCGGCGGAGCCCGACGUGUGGCUCGAUGCCGUGCAGGUCUGGGAGGUGAAGUGCGCUGACCUGUCGCUGUCACCCGUCUACAAAGCUGCCAUGGGAAUGGUGGAUCCAGAGAAGGGCAUUUCUCUGAGGUUCCCUCGCUUCCUUCGAAUCCGAGAUGACAAGAAACCAGAGGACGCCACAUCUGGAGCUCAGAUUGCUGAUUUGUACAGGAAGCAGCAGCAGAUUCAGAAUCAGGGGGAUAAGGCUGAACCUGAAGACUACUACUGAUCAGCUGAUCAUCCAGUCGUCAGCAGGGAAUAAUAAAUAAUGGCAAUUUCAAUGUAAUUGUAAAUAGCAUCUUUCUUUGUAAUGUUCAAUGAAAAUAAAGGCUGUCUUUUUUCUUUUA